AUCUUAAUUAAAUGUCUUGGGGCGCUUGUUUCAGAAGAUUCGGCAUGGCGCAAGGGGGCCCGUAAUGAUCAGGCGAGAAACACGUGGUUCAGUGAAUCCACAAUCAAGUGCAAUUAAUGAACAAUUUGUAAAGAAGGAACAGAGUAAAUAGAAAGGUUUUGUUUAAACGCUUGGACAGGAAAAGAAACAACGAAGAAACUGAUUAGUCUGCAGCGAGCAGGGGAGAUUUCUAUACCUGAUCAAUGCCUUAGAAAGGUAGAGCAGCCAUAGUACAUCGCGUGAACGCUGUGUAAACAUAUUAAUACCGGGAUUAGAGAAAGCACGCGCAAUUGUCGCUUCAUCAACAGCACGUGUUGUUAAGCGGAACAACAUAUGUUGGAGAGCCUGGAAAAGUUACAGAGUUUGAUAGGCCCUCUACGCAUGCGUUAAUAUCUGUGAUGGCGACUUACAUGUAACGAAAAAGUGAAAAGAUCACCAAGUGUUACGGGGGGAUUGAACGGUGUUAAGUGGUCCAUGGAGGCAUAAGAUGUUCAAGGAUUCGGUGCUAGAGGAACGAGCACGAUGAGGAUGGCAUGGACCACCUAUACCCCGUGUGUUGUGUUACUGGUCCAGGUCUUCAGCCAUGUGUCGGAGGGAACCCUAGCAAGAGGUCUGGGAAGUGAUGACGAAGUUAAACUGAUCAAGUACCUGUUUGAUGAUAAGAACUACAACCCUUUGAUCCGCCCCGUCCGGAACAUCAAUGAGUCUAUUGAGGUUCAAUUCAACCUGGCUCUUAGUCAGCUUAUCAGUGUGGACGAGAAAAAUCAAAUCAUGAAAACGAACGUCUGGCUCCAGAUGUACUGGUACGACUAUCAACUGACAUGGAAUCCCGAACAAUAUGGCGGUAUCAAGACAAUCCGAAUUAACCACUCAAAAGCAUGGCGACCGGAUAUCGUUUUGUUUAACAACGCUGAUGGGAAAUACGAAGUGAGCUACGAAUCCAAUGUAGUAAUGAACCAUGACGGACUGACGUACUGGGUCCCGCCCGCCAUCUACCGGUCGUCAUGUGACAUCGACGUCAAGUAUUUCCCGUUUGAUCAACAGGAAUGCGAAAUGAAAUUUGGGUCUUGGACUUUCCUGAAAAAUCAACUGUUCUUCACUUAUUAUUUAAAUAGAAGGACCUUAGAUUUUUCCGACUAUCUGCGCAGUGGAACUUGGGAUAUCAUUGAUAGCCCUGCAAGGAUCCAGGAACAAAAAGACCCAGUGUCCGGAGAUAUUCGAGAUAUGUACAUAGUGAAGUUUGUGAUAAGAAGAAAAACUCUGUUUUACAUUGUCAAUCUUAUCAUCCCGUGUGUGUUGAUUUCCUUUGCAAGUGUUUGUACAUUUGCACUUCCGGGUGAUGGCGGGGAAAAGAUCACCAUGUGUAUUUCCAUUCUGCUAGCUUUGGUUGUGUUCCUUUUACUAAUUUCCAAAAUAUUACCUCCAGCGUUGACAAUCCCUCUGAUCGCCAAGUACCUCCUGUUCAACUUCAUCAUAACCAUUAUCGCCAUUGGAUGCACUGUGUUUGUUCUAAACAAGAACCACAGAAGUCCUCGCACCCACAACAUGCCCAGGUGGGUCCGCGUCGUCUUCCUGAACUACCUCCCAAAGAUCCUCCUCAUGACACGACCGGGGCACUCCUCGCGCUGGCAGGCGCGCUCGCUGAAGGACGCCAUGAUGGAACCAAGAAAAACGCCACGCGACCAGUCCGUGCUGAAAACUCCUGACACAGAGCGGAAAGUGUUCGACAGAAGUUUGGAUUUUAAUCAUGCAGCUAAUUUCAACAACGAUACGCUAUCGACCUUCGAUGUGUUCGGUGAGGAGUUCCGAAGAGCUUCUGACGCCUUGAAGUUCAUUCGGCAACACACUCUUAAGAAUGACCACUUUGACACGAUCAUCGACGACUGGAAGUACGUGGCCAGCGUCAUUGACCGCCUCCUGUUGGUGACCUUCCUGAUGGUGACGGUAGGGGGCGCCAUGGGCAUCUUCCUCCAGGCCCCCCACAUCUUCUCAGUGGUCGACCAAGACGCGAUCAUCGAAAGACUGAUGUCUUCCCUGAAUUAAAGUUUCAAUUGUUGUUAAGUUGAUCUGACUGUUUUGUCGCAGUUUUACAUAUAUAGAGGGACACACACAUAUAUCUAGAAUGCACUCAGUGUUACUAAACGUCGUUUACAGACUAUGCACAGGUAUUUUAAUUUCUUCAUGGUUUGUGUGUAUGUGUGUAAUGUUUUGUCCGUUCUCUGCCAAAUUAUGAGAAGUCUUCCCAGCAUAAGGUUAGUGUUCCAAAUCCUACAUAUAUAUGUAUAUUUUUAAUAGAUUUUCAGAAAUUUCAAAGUGUAUAUUUAUAUUGUCUUUUGAAAUCUGUCUUCGUAGUGAAUCGGUGCAGGUGUUUUACAGAAGUGCUAUAUCUAUUUUUAGAACAUACCUCAUAUAUUAACAUCUUUUUGUUGUAUUCUUAAAAAUACCAGUAGCCAUAGUUGCUAUAACUUUAUAUUAAGUGUGUUUUGUUUUUUAUUCCUUUAUUUUUAUUUUUAAUUUUUUUUAAACUUAUUGUUAUAACAUGAAGUAAAAUAAAUUCCCUUUAGUAAAAAAUGAUGGUUGUUUGAAAAUAAAAUAUUCAUCUCCAAAAAA